AUAAUGUCUUUCGAUGCAUUCAGCAACGACGAUGGCUACGUCGGAUACGACUCCCAACGCUUCGAGGGCGGCGACUACUCCGGCUACGCCGCCGCCGCUGAUCCACCGCCGUACCACGGCGGCGCUGGCGGAUUCACCGCCGACUACGAAGAGGUGACGGUGGAUCAGGUCUCUCAGUCCGUCAACAGUCCUGAUACCUUCGGAUUUGGCUCGGAUCCGAACCCUGAGUACGCCGAAUCGUCGCCGUUCACUUCUUCGAUCCCUAUAUCGAACGGUAAUGGCAAAGCGUACGACAUCGGUGAGGAUGCCGACGGCUUUUUCACCGCCGAUGGGCCGGUGCUUCCGCCUCCCAGUGAAAUGCAGCCUGACGAAGGGUUUGCUCUUCGCGAAUGGCGGCGUCAAAAUGCUAUACGGCUUGAGGAGAAGGAAAUGAAAGAGAAGGAGAUGCGGAAUCAGAUUAUUGAGGAAGCUGAAGAGUAUAAACGAGCUUUUUAUGAGAAAAGAAAACUCAAUAUUGAGACUAACAAGACCGACAACAGAGAGAAAGAGAAGUCAUACUUGGCCAGUCAAGAGAAGUUCCACAAAAGUGCCGAUAAACAAUACUGGAAAGCAAUAUCAGAGCUCAUUCCUCACGAGGUUGCCAAUAUCGAGAAGAGGAAAGGCAAGAAGGAGCAAGAAAAGAAGCCUGGGAUCACAGUCAUUCAGGGCCCAAAGCCUGGGAAACCCACCGAUCUCUCAAGGAUGCGCCACAUAUUGGUGAAGCUGAAGCACACACCACCUCCUCACAUGGUACCGCCCCCAACCCCUCCCACUAAGGAUGCCAAAAAUGGAAAAGAUGGGAAUGAUACAAAAAGUGGAAAAGAUGCCAAAGAUGCCAAAACUGAGGCAACAAAGCCAGUUACAUCUGUGAAAAAUGCCGACUCUAAUGGUGCUCCAAUCGCAUCCAAACAAGAAGAUUCUGCUGCAACUGAUCCUGAGCCUUCGACUUGAGUUAGAGAUUCGAUGGACUUAUUACAUACAUCAUACAUUUUUUGAACCACAUUUUUAUCAGUUUGUUCCAUUUUCUCAUUGUUGUGUGUUUUGUUGAGCUUGCCAUCAUUUCACCUCCUGUUACUGGAAGCUGGUUGUUGCGUUGUGUUUGUAUUGAGAUUUUAGGUUUUGUUGUGACACAUUCUUUAUAGAAUUCUAGUUUUAUGGGCUGUGAUUUUCUUUGUGAGAAUUCUAAAUUUCUUUGAUGAGUUGAAGUUUCA